AUGGCAGACGUCCAGGGAAGUGAGCCGCCACCCGCAUCCGCAGCAGCUGCUGCGGCUGCUGAGGCAGCAGCUGCAGCUGCCUGGCCUGCUGCACAGCCGGACCCCGUCCAGGAGCCACCAGAGGCGAUCCAGGACCAACAGGAUCAGGUGCAGGACCAGGUCCAAGACCAGGGCAGCGUCGACACCUCAUCAGCUCGCGGUGCAUCCGUGGACCGCUGCUCCGGCGCACCGGCGCAGGUGGAAGCGGUAAACUCUCCGCGCACAGCCCCGACUACUGCACCAGAGAAGCCCCUGGAGGUGACCGUGGAUGAUGAGCCAGAGGUCUUCCUCGAGAUGAUCAAGUUUGUUUAUUUGAACACCUGCCAUGUGGAUCAGGCCAACGUGAAG